CAGGGUGACUCAGGAGGUCCACUUCUAUACAUCAACUCAGCUGGACGUUACACCUUGACUGGGAUUGUAUCACAGGGAUAUGGCUGUGGGAAGAAGGACUUCCCGGGCCUUUAUGUCAACAUCCGCAAGCCGCAGUACCUGGCCUGGAUCAAGAAGGUCGCCUUUUAAGUCUCCUGUGGCCUCACAGAUACUCCUAGCUGACUCUGGCCUCACAGAUACUCCCAGCUGACUCUGGCCUCACAGAUACUCCCAGCUGGCUCUGGCCUCACAGAUACUCCCAGCUAACUCUGGCCUCACAGAUACUCCCAGCAGAUUUUGGUCUCACAAAUACUCCCAGCUGACUCACACUCAACCUCUUUGUUCCACUCAUUCUCUUAUGACGUCUGCCGCUUGCUCCAGUUGCUCACAGGUUUUGACUUCUAUUACAGAAAACUGUGAUAAAAAUUAUUGUGGUUAUUGAUAUUAGUUUGUGAACAAUUAUUAUGUGUUAAAGACUUUAAUGCCAAAUUCUAUAAAUUGUCUGUAUUUGUUAUAGAAUUGAUUACAGACUUGACUGAAAACCAAUAUUGUAACAUGAUGCACAAUAUAACAAACACAAUCAUGCCCAAGAUACACAACAUAAUCAUUAACAAGAUACCCAACACAAUCAUGCCCAAAGAUACCCAACACAAUCAUGCACAAUAUACCAAACACAAUCAUGCCCAAGAUACACGACAUAAUCAUUUACAAGAUACCCAACACAAUCAUGUCCAAAGAUACCCAACACAAUCAUGCACAACAUAUCAAACACAAUCAUGCUCAAGAUACCCAACACAAUCAUGCUCAAUACACCCAACACAAUCAGGCACAAUAUAUCCAACAAAAUCAUGCUCAAGAUACCCAAAACAAUCAUACACAAUAUACCCAACACAGUCAUGCACAAGAUAUCUAACGCAAUCAUGCACAAGAUAUCCAACAUCAAUCAUGUACAACAUAUCUAACACAGUUUUGGGAAAAUCUGGCUCCAAGAUAUUGAUAAUAAAUCUCCUAAAUAAUUCGAAGGACAACCCUUUAGAAACAGGGAAAUAAAAUUGGAGAACCAGUGCCUCUGAUAUAAGUGUUUAUAUGGAUCUCUUUUAUAAGUGUAAUUGAAAAACUAUUAAUAUAAAUUAGUGAACUGAAAUUUAUAGUAAAAUAUAAAGCCACACACUCUCCACACACUUUGGUGGGUUGAUUAGAACACAGAAUCUAAUGCAUUUAAAGUACAACUAAAGAGAUGCUAAUGCACAUCCUAUAUAAAAAUAAUGAGAUACUAAUGCAUACAAAUAAUAAACUAAUGAGAUACUAAUGCGUAUCAAUAAUAAACUAAUGAGAUACUAAUGCGUAUCAAUAAUAAACUAAUGAAAUACUAAUGCGUAUCAAUAAUAAACUAAUGAGAUACUAAUGCGUAUCAAUAAUAAAUUAAUGAGAUACUAAUGUGUAUCAAUAAUAAAUCUCGUGGAUAAAUAAUAUGCAAAUAAGUGAAUUAAUUAAAACUCAAUAAUAAAGAUUAACUAUCUACAAAUACAACUGAAAAUGUCUCGGCUGUUUCAUAGGAACGGAGAUUGCGUCCAGCCUCUACAACGCGUUGAAACCAGCCCUGAGAUAGUAAUCCUUGGUAUCGUGAUCAUGGAAACAGUAACACAUCUUCCUCGGUUGAACUACCAAGCUGAAACAUAAAACUUCUAUAAUUUCCCCUUCAACUUAGUAUUCAAGCAUUUAAACGCAAUAUCUGAAAUAAUUGGAUGGGUAAAAGCUUUACUCACAUGGGUGUUAUAAUUUUGCCUGCAGCAUCACGUCAGGGAAUCUCCAGUAUACAAGUAUUCAUUUAAUGUUCAGUAUGGAGGGAAAUCUCUAAAAGUCUACAGCAGAAUCAAGGACUAGUGUCGCUAUGACGUGUAAUGGUUGAAUUGAUUAGUCACUGAAUUAUUCUGCAGACUCAGAAAAUAUUCUCAAUAACAGAUGGCAAGUAUACAUUGAACUCAAAAACAUACAAAUAAGGAUUACCGCCCUGCCGAAAAUGGUGUUCGCGAGUUAAGUAAGCUGCGCCCUUAAUUUGAAGUCCUUGGAAGUACGGAUGCAUGCAGAAUCGUAAGAUAAUUGUCAGGCCACUUCGGAACACCUUGCUGGUAGCUAGUAAAUAUGCCAAGAGUGUCCUUCCUCUCCGGUGGCGCAUGCUCAAUAGAUCCCAAGGCUGGGAUCCCGAGUAUAAAUUCUAAUAUUCAUUUAAUGUUCAGUAUGGAGGGAAAUGGAUUUGACGUAUAUUUACGUCAUAAAUAAAUGUAUUAUUCGGUAACAUAUUUUCUCGUAGUGAAUGUCAAUUAAUUUAGACUAUGUUAAUUUAAAUGAACGAGAAAGAUUAGAGUGGCAAUUUUGGCUUAUCAUUUCAUUCACUGGGACAGCUAAUCGUAGCUGAAUAAAUUGUUUGCCGUAAACGAAUGUAUAUACUAACUAUAGGUAAAAUUAUUAAUAAACGAUUAUCCUUAAUAAAGGAAGGUAAAUGAAGCUGGAUUCUACUUGAUACAUUAAUAAGUGGAAAAUAUUCCUAGUGCCUAACUGGCUGACACAACACGGCCAUGAAUACUGGGAACUUUUGGCAGAAGUGCGCAUUAACAAAAUAACAUUAAUUUCUCUACUGAUUAGUAAUUAAGUGUUGGAAAUUUCCAACACAGUUCCGGAGGAAGAAAACACGGGUCGCAGUUCAUUGUUAAGUACUGACGUACCUGUUCCUCUUCCCUGAGGUUAUAUUCAUUACUUAUUUGUUAGUAUGUGCAGAACGGAUGUCCAAUAUCUG